AUGGCCGAUGAUCAGGACCUGAAAUUAGACUCUACCGCCUACACGCCCUUGACUAUGAAACACCUCGCUGAAAAGGGCACAGAGUUUGCGAAUCGCCGGACGCCCUUUCCCCCAAGUGGCACCUGCCCUACUCGUAGCCAGCCCUACGGUAGUUCCAAGCACAUCGUCUUGGACGUCAAAGCAGAUUAG